GGUCCCGCCGGCACCAUGAGCAUCGAGAUCCCGCCGGGCCUCACCGAGCUGCUGCAGGGCUACACGGUGGAGGUGCUGCGGCACCGGCCGGCCGACCUGGUGGGCUUCGCCGCCGAGUAUUUCACCCGGCUGCGGGAUGCCCGCGAGCGGGAGGCGACCGGCGACGGCCGGAGGGUGGUUAGCUUCGACGGGGAGCCCAUGCAGACCGAGUCCAACGGCGAGGAGGAGCCCGAGCGCGGUGACGAGGACUCCGACUCCGACUUCGAGCCUCCAGUCAUUAACCGAUACAACAGAAGAGUAUCAGUCUGUGCUGAAGCUUUCAAUCCGGAUGAAGAGGAAGAAGACACGGAGCAGAGGAUAGUUCAUCCAAAAACAGAUGAACAGCGAUGCAGACUGCAGGAGGCAUGCAAAGAUAUCCUGCUCUUCAAAAAUCUAGAUCAGGAGCAGCUUUCUCAAGUCCUUGAUGCCAUGUUUGAGAGGAAGGUGAAACCUCAUGAACAUGUGAUUGAUCAAGGGGAUGAUGGAGACAACUUCUAUGUCAUUGAGCAGGGACUGUAUGAUAUUGUUGUAGCAAAAGACAACCAGGCGCGCUGUGUGGGCCGCUAUGAUAACCAUGGCAGUUUUGGGGAACUGGCGUUGAUGUACAAUACUCCUAGAGCUGCCACCAUUGUUGCCACAACAGAAGGAGCCCUUUGGGGACUGGAUCGAGUGACAUUCAGAAGAAUUAUAUUGAAAAACAAUGCAAAGAAGAGGAAGACGUACGAGUUAUUUAUUGAGUCUGUACCCCUUCUCAAGUCCUUGGAGGCAUCAGAACGAAUGAAAAUUGUGGACGUUAUAGGAGAGAAAGUGUAUCAGGAUGGGGAACGUAUCAUUUCUCAGGGCGAUAAAGCAGAUUGCUUUUAUAUUGUAGAAUCUGGUGAAGUAAAAAUCAUGAUUAAAAGCAAGACUAUGAUGAGUAAGGAAGCUAACCAAGAAGUAGAGAUUGCCCGGUGUCACAGAGGGCAGUAUUUUGGAGAGCUUGCACUUGUUACCAACAAGCCCAGGGCAGCCUCUGCCUAUGCUGUUGGAGAGGUCAAAUGUUUAGUCAUGGAUGUGCAAGCAUUUGAGAGGUUGCUUGGACCCUGCAUGGACAUUAUGAAGAGGAAUAUAACGCAUUAUGAGGAGCAGCUGGUGGCAAUGUUUGGCUCAAGCAUGGACCUGUUGGAUCCAGGGAAUUAGGCACAGGGUACCUCAGUGCCUUCUUAGUUCAAGACACAAAAAAGCCUCCUAUCAGCAACACAACUCACAAGGAAAAUGGACACUACGGAACAGUUAAUGCUGCUGUCUUCUUGGGCAUUUUAGAAACCAUAAGCAAGUCUCGGCACAGAUGGAUUGCUCACUCCCUGCCUCCACUUUGCUGCUGAUACUUCAUUAUUAGACCUAGAUUAAAAAUGGUUCUAACUUUGAGUUCUCUUA